GUAUUUAUCACAGAUAAACAAGAACCCAAGCCAAUAGAAACCAGAGAGAAGUAAUUAUGAAGACCUCUCAGUGCCAAACCAGAGUCUCUCAGAGCGGCAGCACGAGCUACAUGAGCAGCCUCAGCACCAGCGCAAUGAACCCGCUCAGCUGCGCGUGCCUCACCCUCCUAGUUCUCCUCAUCUCAGCGAUCCCCAUCUGCAAAAGUGCUCCAAUACAACAGCAGAGAGCAACAAUAGACCAGUACCAGCUUCUCAACCAGCUAGAAGAUGUGUGCUCAUCCUACCUUUCUGCAGACCUGCCAUUUCGGAUACCCAAUGUUUUAGGAGAACUCUGUGUGUUGAUGCUUGUACAGAAGUCUAAGAAAGGACAGGACAAUCCUAGUAAAAGGUCCCCUGUGAUGCACCCUCUCCUGCAGCUAGUUCCUCAACUCCAUACCAGACGAGAGAGAGGAGAGGAGUUUAUGGUCCGCGAUCAUCUCCAGGGACCUGGGGGAAUUCAGAGCAGAGGGUACUUCUUAUAUCGGCCAAGAAAUGGAAGAAGAUCCCUAGAAUUUGAGUAAAUAGUCCCUACUAUACGCUGUACAGAGAUGACACAGAACCAGAGAACCAAACAGGCACAACCAUCAUAGAGUGGUCCAGACCUCCACCAAAACGAUGUUGAAAGAAUGAAGAAACAAAAUGAAGAACAAAGAAAUGAGAGUCUAAGUAAAAUAAUCUUUGUUUGUCCAAAAGUCUUAUUUCUGUUUCGAUGAUGUGUCUUUUGAAUUAAAAGCAUUGUUAUAUGGUUA